ACCGCAUCAUUACCCCUGGCUUUGCAUCAAGCCACGACGGCACGCUUAGUCUGGACCUUCAGCCUUCCUAACACCCGCCUCGGUCGGGGUGAAAAGUGAGAACCAACAGGUUUUCAAGAAACAGGGAAACUUCCGUUUCUGUCGAUCCGUAGACUUGAAUGAAUUAUAAAUAUGGCCUCUCAGACCGUGUAACCUCAGUGACCCAAGCCAUACAGCCUCAUCUCUCGCUUCCAUUACACUGGCGCUCCAAGCCCAAUAGCUGGAUUCGCAAACAUGUUCAAUCGUGUCUCUCUCGCUACUUUGGCCUUGGGCCAAGCCUGGCUGUCUGCAGCCCAGGAGGAUUGCUCGUAAGCAAGAAGCUCCCCUUCCAAAAGUAAUUGUCUUGCCAGCAUGCUGAAACUAACUCUUGAUCUUUGCAGGACCACCGUCACUACUCGCUUCGGUAUUGACACCACUGUUGAGAACUUUUCGAGCUUCCAGUCCUCCAUGGACGCCCAGUACUCAACAUCGGGCCACAAGUUCAGCGGCACCCGCGUCCCCUUCUUCACCGAAGCCUUUGAGGUGGCCCCAGGCAACACCGUCUCCGCCUACGGUUGGUAUGACAGCCAUGCGUUGACAUCAGCCGGCUUCAACAUUGUCACGUCUGUGAGCACCAUCACGUCGUGCCCAACGGCGGGAUCCUCGUCCACUGCGACAUGUGAGCCUCAUGACGACCAUUGGCACUGUCCUCCCGGCGUCCCUCAGCCCACUACUCCUCCCCCCCAAGAAGAGGAAUGUGAGCCUCAUGGAGAUCACUGGCACUGUCCACCCGGUGUCCCAGAGCCCACCACUCCUCCUGCUCCCUCCACCACAGCCACUGAAGAGCCUGGCGAGUGUGAACCUCAUGGCGACCACUGGCACUGCCCGCCCGGUGUGCCAGAGCCCACUGCUCCCCCCUCAGCUCCUAGUGCCACAGUGACUGAAGAGCCUGGCGAGUGCGAGGCUCACGGCGACCACUGGCACUGCCCUCCUGGUGUUGAAGAGCCAGCCAACCCCCCGGACUCCGACGAUGACGGUGAUGACGGCGCUGAGACCCCCGGAGAGUGCGAGGCUCACGGCGACCAUUGGCAUUGCCCUCCUGGAGUUGAGGAACCAUCUUCGCCUCCUGGCACUGACGAUGGCGCUGACAACGGCUCUGAGGAGUGCGAGGCCCACGGUGACCACUGGCACUGCCCUGAAGGCGUCGAGAAGCCUGACUACGUCCCUGGCGAAGAAGCUAGCAGUGGCGAGGAGACUGGCACCGAGUGCGAAGCUCACGGUGAUCACUGGCACUGCCCCGAGGGUGUCGAGGAGCCAGACUACGCCCCUGGCGAAGGGCCUAGCGAUGAUGGUGAGGAGUCCGAGACCGAGUGCACUCCUCACGAGGAGCACUGGCAUUGCCCCGUUGGUGUCGAAGAGCCAACGUACCCACCACCCACAGCGUCUCCUAUUGAGACUGGCUCGCCCUCUGUCCCUACCUUCUACCCCGGAGCAGCGAGUGGCCUGAAGGCGUCGAGCUUCGGUAUCGGUCUAUUGGCCGUGGUACAUGUUCUUUUCGUUUAAGUUGGAGGGACUUUGGCCAUGGGAAACUUUGGCACGUAAUAUAAUUCACCCUGCAUCUUUGCAGACGUUAAAUUCAACUUACUUUGAAUGUCCUUCGCACAAGGCGAGAUACCAGUUUCCAUCAAGAUCUUCAAUUAGUGCG